AUGCGUCUCUUACCACACUUUGUCAAUCUAUCCCUCGUCCUCGCGUGUGCCCGUGUCGUUUACAAAAGUAGUGGUCAAAAUAGCCCGACUUACAUCACCGGCCGUACCGUUGAUUACACUCCAGGCAACGACUUGACCUUCUGGAUCUUCCCUGCUGGCAUACGUCGCCAUGGCGGUAUCAAAAGACACUCGUUAGAGUGGAAGUCUCAUUAUGCUUCCACCAUGGCUGUCAUGUUCAACAAGAUCUCCGUUGAGGGAACAAACGAAAAAGGUCUCUCAGGAAGUUCUCUAUUCCUCGGGGAAAGCAGCUACGGUAGACGCGAUGGGCGUGAUGGCAUCUCGGCUGGUGUAUGGUUACAGUUUUACCUCGACAAUUAUGGAAGUGUCGAGGAGGUAGCCAGGAAUCACUGUCCCAGGAGGUGGAGGGAAAGGCUGAAACCCCAAAUUGUCAGGGAGAAUCCCGUAGGAGGCAUCGUAACCAAGAUGCAUCUUGCUCUCUCAGACACCACAGGCGAACACCUCAUCAUGGAACAUACCAGUCCUAAAAUGCGACUCAAAUGCUACCGUUCAAGGGAGUACGAUGUUGUCGCCGGCGAUACAUAUCACAUGAAGCGAUCGAGGAGCAAGGAUAUGAUAUGGAAGAAAAUCAAUGGAAGAUCCAAUGAACAGUGGCCUAUGCCUUAUGAGAGAUACGAUCGCCUCUUUUUCUACAACUAUCACAUCCAAGCAUCCGAAGAUUUUGCUUCUGCCCUUGCCACCACCAUGGGAAUGAUACGCGGCGUCAUGGUCCCCCAGAUUAAGAUCACACCGGAAGACAACAGGGAUCGUGAUUUAUGGCCCACACAAUGGAUGAUGUAUACGGCUGCAUCACAGGGCUUCGUCUAUUUUGAGAGUGCCAUAACUCCCUUGAGCUUUAACUACAAACUCUCCAACUUUAAACUCUCUGAAGGCUCUGAUAUCAUGCUUCUCAGAGUAAGGGAUCAAACGUGGAAUUGGCAGAACGGAACAGGUGACGUGACACGGGAGUUUCGGACAAGAGGGGCGAGCGAUCAAGUUCCCUUCAUGGCCGGUGAUCUUUAA